AUGAAUCUAGAUGGAGCCAAAACAGUUACACCUACGAGGCACACAUGUGCUCACUGUAAGCAAACUAAUUUAAAAUCUGCAAAUCUAUGUAACGGAUGUGGACAGCUGUUCCAUAAAGCUUGUUUAUUAAAAAAUCACAAGUAUGUGAAUGAAUCUGGUGAGCAAAUUGAAUGUAUUGGACAUGAAAUACCAGAUAAUACCAGUGUUGCAUCUUCUGUUUCUUCAGUAACCAGAAAAAAGAGGAAAAGAUAUGACGAUGAAAUUGAUGUUAGUGACAUUGUGGAUAAAGUGGACAUUCUAAUUGAUAGAGUCGAGGAACUUGGAGUAAAUGUGGCUGAUUACAGAAGUGAAAUCAGAAACAUUGCAACAGAGAUUUUUUUAGACUUUAAAGAUGACGUGGUGAAAGAGGUACGUGGAGCUGUUAAGGAAGAGGUACGUGAGGUUGUUAAGGAAGAGGUACGUAAAGUUGUUAAGGAAGAGUUAAGAAAACAACUAAAUAAAAACAUCGUUAGAAAAAAUAGUAAAAAGACAUUUGCGAUAGUAUCAUUAAACAUAAAUGGACUAAUAAGACACAAAGAUGUAUUUGAAAAAUGGUUAUUUACAGUGAAACCUGAGGUGAUAUGUAUUACAGAGACACAUAUUGAUGCAGAUGUCAUGGACCACGAAAUUAGUUUUGAAAAUUAUAAUCAUGUAUGUACGUAUACUACAAAUAAUCGUACAGGUGGUGUAAUAACUUAUAUUAAUAAAAAUCUUAAGUUUAAAGUGUUGCUGAAUAGUACUGAAAUUAGUCAUAAGACAUGGAUAAAUAUUGUACAAAUUGGUGAGAGAAACGGUCUAGUUUUAAUAAAUGUUUAUAGAUCUCCAAAUAGUCGGGUUAGUCAAUUUAAAGAAAAUAUGAUAAAUCUAUUAGAAAACUAUGUUGACAAAAGGUACUUAAUAAUAGUAGGUGAUUUUAAUCUGGAUGUUGGCUGUGAUAAAGACCGUUAUGCUAAAAAAUUUGUAAAUGAAUGUGCCUUAUUAGGAUUAAAUCAAUCAAUUAAAGUACCAACGAGAUCAACUCUGACUUCAGAUACUAUUAUUGAUCUUGUAUUUUCUAAUUUUGAUGUCAAUACUGAAGUACUGCCUACACCAAGAGUAUCAGACCACAAUAUCAUUUUGAUUAAUACAAAUAUUGAAAUAAAACCUAAUAAUAUAUAUGAUUUAUGCAAAACAAAUGUCGAUAUUGAAGAUAUUGAUGAAUUAGAGAUAUUACUAGAUAAAUUUAAUGAUAGUGUGAUAAGUGCUCUUGAUGUGGUUGUACCUAAAACUGAGAAAACUUAUGUAACUAAACUUAAGGAUAAAAAAUGGAUAACAAAGGACUUGUUACAAAAAAUAAAAGAAAGAGAUCGAUUGUUUUUUGUAUCAAAAAAUUCCGGAUUAGAGGUUGAUAUUAAUAAUUAUAAAAAAUUGAGAAACAACAUUGUAGAUGAGAUCAGAAAACUUAAGAGAGCGCACAAUGAUAAUUAUAUAGAUGUUAAUAAAAAUGAUGGAAAAACUCUCUGGAGACAGAUAAAGGAACUGAUAGGGAAUAAGAAAGCCCAAACUAGUAUUGAUAGUAUUGAAUCUGAUGGUAAAAUUGUAACUAAUAAUUUGACUGUCUCAAAUGAGUUUAACCAUUAUUUUGUUGAUAGUAUCAGAAAAAUUGUUAAAGACAUAGGAUACGUCCCAGAAGACAUUGUAAUUGAAAAUAGUAAUAAUCUAAAGUGGGAUGAAUUUGAUGAGUUAAAUGAAGAUGAAGUG